CUCUAUCCCGGGCGAAGCAUCCCAGCCUCGGCACAACUACAGAACUGUUUCGCAUAGAUGAGUUGUUCCCAAUCCCCUCAUCAGCAUCGUGACCUGUCCUCAAGCGUUCUCUCCGCCACCCGAGCCAUCAUUAUUCCCCCUACAAACCCGUUUACCAUAUUUUUAUGAACUCCGGUUCGGCACGUAAAUUGUCACGGCCCGGAUUUAUCUCUUCGCUUUUAAUAUGCAUUCCCACGUUAUCCUUGACAUCUUUUCGAGUGAAUGAAUCGGGGAAAGCAGACUCUCCAGGAGAAGCGAGGCUUUGUAAGGGAGAUGAGGACUACAAUAACAGAACGUUGCAACCAUGCAAAAGGCAACGCAUGAGUGCUCUCAUCGCUGCCUCAUGUAAGAUUGACGUUAUAUCUAAACACAUUGUCGACGACGAUGGCAUCGACGCCAUGGCGUUCCUGUAUGCGCACAUUGUCCGGGUCGGCAUUCGCGGAGCCGCAGGUUCCGAGGAUGAGCCCAGACUCUUUGACAGUUUUAAUGAGUGUUGGCGCUUUCACCUGUUCGCCCGAUGAUGUAAUGGUGGUCAGUGGGCCGGCAAGUCUGACGCGCCAGUGGACGAAAUAGGUGGUAACUCACCAAAGGCGAAGCUUCACAGACGAUCCCCAGCAGAUUGUUCGAUUUCGCAAA